UAUUUUGAAACUGCCUGAAACAGGAAGUGUGGUGCUGAUCCUGAGACGCUCCAGCAGGUCGGGUUCGGCUCAGUUGACCGUCGGAGCUUAAGCUGCAACGCAUCAUGCCGCAACUGGGACUGAAGGCUAUCGUUGGAGAAAGAAUAAUGAACAAUGUCAUCAAGAAGGCAAGAGAAAAGGGGAAAUGGAAGGUGCUGGUGGUGGACAAGCUGAGCAUGAGGAUGGUGUCUUCCUGCUGCAGGAUGACAGACAUCAUGUCAGAGGGAAUCACCAUUGUAGAAGACAUCACUAAACGCCGCGAGCCUCUGCCCAGCAUGGAGGCCAUCUACCUGAUCACACCUUCAGACGAGUCUGUUGAGGGUCUGAUUGAUGACUUCAGGGAUCCCCAGGCUCCGAGGUACAGAGGAGCUCACGUCUUCUUCACCGACACAAUCCCAGACUCCUUGUUUGGACUGUUGACUAAAUCUCGCGCCUCCAAAGCCAUGAGGGCCUUGACAGAGAUCCACAUAGCCUUUCUACCCUAUGAAUCUCAGGUCUUCUCCUUGGACAGAGCAGAUGCCUUUCAGGACUUCUACAGCCCCUUUAAGGCUGACGUGAAGAAUAACAUGAUGGAGCGUUGUGCUGAACAGAUCGCCACCUUUUGUGCCACACUCAAAGAGUAUCCUGGGGUCCGAUACAGAGGGGAGUACAAAGACUGUGCGGUUCUUGCCCAAAUGCUCCAGGAGAAGCUGGACGGCUACAAGGCUGAUGAUCCCACCAUGGGAGAGGGUCCAGACAAGUGUCGCUCCCAACUACUCAUCCUGGAUCGUGGCUUUGAUCCUGUGUCACCCCUCCUACAUGAGCUCACCCUGCAGGCGAUGGCUUACGACUUGCUGGGCAUCGAGAAUGACGUCUACGGGUUUGAAACCAGCGGGAUGGGAGAGACCAGAAUGAAGGAGGUUGUCCUGGAUGAGGACGAUGACCUAUGGUUGUCUCUGAGACACAAACACAUAGCAGAGGUGUCAACGGCGGUAACUCGCUCUCUGAAAGAUUUCUCGGCCAGUAAAAAGAUGAACACUGGAGAAAAGACCACCAUUAAAGAGCUGUCUCAGAUGCUUAAGAAGAUGCCCCAGUACCAGAAGGAGCUCAGCAAGUAUUCGACCCAUCUUCACCUGGCAGAGGACUGCAUGAACCGGUACCAGGGCUCAGUGGACAAGCUGUGUCGUGUGGAACAGGACCUGGCCAUGGGAACAGAUGCAGAGGGCGAGAAGAUCAAAGAUCCCAUGAGGCUCAUUGUUCCCAUUCUCCUGGAUGCUAACGUCGGCGUAUUCGACAAGAUCCGCAUCAUCCUCCUUUACAUCUUCCUUAAAAACGGUGUGACUGAGGAGAACCUGUGUAAGCUCCUCCAGCAUGCUAACAUCCCUCCUGAGGACAGUGACAUCAUUUCCAACAUGGCUCACAUGGGUGUCCCUAUUGUCUCAGAGGGUGCCAUCAAAAAACCCAAGAAGCCAGAUCGUAAGGAGCGGAUCAGUGAGCAGACCUACCAGCUCUCCAGGUGGACUCCUCUCAUCAAAGACUUCAUUGAGGAUGCCAUUGAGGACAAGCUUGACCCUAAGCAGUACCCGUACAUUUCCCAACGACAAGCAUCUGCCAAAGCCAGUGCUCCAUCAAGUGCUCGCUAUGGUAACUGGCACAAGAACAGAGGCCCUACAGAGAUGAAAACAGGACCCAGGAUCAUCGUCUUCAUCAUCGGAGGCAUGACGUACAGCGAGAUGAGAUGUGUGUAUGAGGUCACACAAGCCAAUGGCAAGUGGGAGGCUCUGAUUGGCUCCACUCACAUCCUCACACCUACUAAAUACCUGAAGGACCUGCAGCACCCAGACUUCUUGGACCCUAACUCUCAACCAGAGGGUGCAGCGUAUUCACCUACCGAAUGAACGGUCUUUUCAAAGUAAAUAUGCUAGUUGAAACAUGUCUGGAUCAGCUGAUUUUUUUUGCCACUUCUCAAGGAUCUGAAGAACGUGUGAGGAAGAAGAGCUUGAAAGUUCACUUCGGUAGUCCUCCCUCCUUAGUUCUACAAACAACCUGUGACCCCUCCUCAUGCAGAAACUAGUUUUAAUAACGUGGUUCUUACAGACUGUUGGAAGAUGGACUUAUUGAAGGUAGUUGUCUGCAUAGAGAUACAAGUGUCUAACCUUAAAUGUCAGAAAGAAUAACUGGAUUUUUGUUCACUUAAUUUAGUUUUAUUCUUUAGUUUGUUUCUAAAAAUUUAUCGUAAAUAAAUUAGAGCUUUGAGCUUUUUGUGUUUUUUUGUGUCACAUGGUAAAUCAGCAGAUAGAUAGAUAGAUAGAUAGAUAGAUAGAUAGAUAGAUAGAUAGAUAGAUAGAUAGAUAGAUAGAUAGAUAGAUAGAUAGAUAGAUAUUCACAUACUUCUGCUUUUACAAUUUAUAGUGAUGAGUAGGUGUGUCCUGCAGUAACAUCUUCUGUUUAUUAUGAUGCUGUUAUUGUUGUAUAAUGACUGUUUACUGAUUGUGGUUGUUUGGUCACAUACAUGAACAGUAUACAGCACGUGCUGAGCUAAUAAAGUGGUUUCUAUAGGAAA